GGCCGAAAGAGGGCGCAGAGUUUCAUCUCGUCCGCGGCAGAGUGGGCGCAGAAGAACCUCGUGUCCGAGAGCUUAACCAAGUGGCCAGACACGAAGGAGGGUCUGGAGAAGAUCAAAGAGCUCUGGCUCUCCAGUGCUAAGAAGGACGACCGCGCAACGCUGGAGCCCCUCUGGGGUGAGGUGCAAAGGAAUGCUUCGAGACCAGGGGCCUACUUGGCGAAUUGCAGCGACUAUGUGGCCUCCACAGGUGUGCCUGUGCCGUCGCUUCUGGUCAAUGGCAAG